GUUAUUCACCACCAUUGCAGUAAAAGAUAGCUGUGAAUGGUUAUUUUUACUUCGUUGCUAGAAAAUAUCUGUAAAGACAGUCACCGCGGACGAUAGUAGUAUUACAAGACAUACACAUCAAGAUGGUUGGGACUUCCUCAGCGGGCAAGAGUCAAAUAUUCCAUCCUUAUCGAGCAUUGGGCUAUGUCACAAAUCAUGUGCCUUUUGCAUUGCAAACAAAGACGAACACACACUUUAUUACUACAUGCAUAGGUGAUGCUUUCCAACAAUACGGUGCUGCGAAAAUGAAUCUUUUAUUUGUAUCUCCGCCUUUGCAGGAGCCUAUCACUUGCAUAGAUAUGGUAAAGGAUUAUGUGAUGACAGCCUCGGGUUGUCGGGUGAUAGCUUGGAAACGCGGGAAGCAAGUGCGUUGUAUAGGUACACAUAAACACAAUAUACAGCUUAUGCUGCUAUUUGGGGGCAUGGUGAUUACCUGUGAUGAUAGUGGGGAGAUUGUGAUGUGGGAUGACGAGAAGUCAAAUGAAGAACUCGGGAGGGUUGAGGUAGGCAGUCAGGAACAAUUCAAUACUACAGCCAUGAUGCACCCAGCUACAUACCUGAAUAAAGUUCUUCUAGGCAGCAGGUAAG